AUGGGUGAUCCAGUGCGUCCCAGUGAUGAUGAAUUCAACCAAGUCCUUCAAGACAGCUUCAAAACAUGGUCAUCUUGUUUGCCUGCUAAGAGCGAAGAUCACCUACUACCGCGGCACGCCAUAGACUUGAAACCCCUCGCCGGUCAGACCCCACCCUUCCUUGGUGCUGGCCUUGUUUCUCCCGAAGAGAUCUCAUUCGCUUGUGAGGAGAAGCAAUCAGACGGCAGUCUUGUGACAAACGGCCGGUCCACAUGGAGAACCUCAAAAAGAAUCUGUGACCUUCAGCCGAGAGUCCUGCCGAAGCAACUUCUCUUAGCAGUUGAUGGUCGACAAUCUGUGAGGCUCUCUGAAGAUUCUCCCUUGUCAGAAUGGCCCGGGGUAAAAGGAGUCUCCGGUUACGACAACGGAAAUUACAUUGCAAUCCUUUACUUCGCUUGGGCCUACAUCCUAUCUGCUCGAUGGGUUGAAAUACUUGAUCGCUCUACGGACCAUGAAUGUCACAUGGGCUACACUAUGCAAGAAGUGGAGAGUCCGCUGCCCCCCAAUGCGCAACCCUUGAUUGAAAUUGAGCUCGGCGAAGACGUUGGUGUGGAAGAAGCUCUCUGGUGGCGCACCAUCUUGUGUCCUGACGACGGCUGGAAUGCAACCACCAAAUACAAUGGCCAUGUCUAUUUUUCGCCGUGGUCGGUGUCUGCGAAACAUGCUGGAUUGUCCGUCACUACAUCAGCUUUAAUGGUUUCCGAACCAGAGCCGGCAUCAUCGGUGACCGCUCUGAAAUACCUCUCUCGGUUUUGUGUGCUCCAUCAUCUUUACGCACAGUGCUCAGCCGCCCUUGCUGGGGUACUCUUUAUCCCAUUUAUGAGCAGCAGUACGAUUUUCCUUCCGUUUCCGAAACAAACAUCCCGACUGGAACUAAACGAGCGUGUCAGCGACUCUUCUGUUUCUAUCCCGAAUCUUCUCAAUGAUCUCAGAGAAUUGCUUCCUAAAUACAUGACGCUCAGUUCCAAUCCGUGGGGUCUACGCUCUCUUCUAUGCAGCACCUUCUUCAAUCCCGACAUCGAAUGUAACUUUGUCAGUGCCUGGUUGAACCCGGCUUUUGCAAUUCUUCAUUCGAUCUCUGCAAAGAAAAUUGCAGUGGCCGCAUUGCUGGCAAAUCGACAGCCUCGGCUGGGCAUACUCUGGCUUGGUGCAAUUCUCGCAAGCCUGGCAGACUCGGUCCUACGAGACAUACGGACAGGGGCGACGGCUGUGGAUCUUCAAGCAUCUGCCUGGAGCGAAAUAACGCAGACGUUCCUGACUUUGAAUACGAGGGGCAGUCAUGGUGAUUUCAUAGGUCGUGAUGACGAAUGUCGACUGCUUUUCAUCACAGCUUGUGAAGGCUAUGAUCGGCCUCCAAUCUGGCUUUGGAAGCCCUUCGGCUUUACGAAGCUUUGCGAUACAGAGAUCUUGGUGCGACAACAUGCUCAAUGUGCCGCUCAUUGUUUAGAGUACGAAUCGUGGGAGUGGAUAUUAACGAACGGCAACUCAAUUCGGGACUGUGCAACAGAAAACACGCAGGCUCCUGUCGAAGCAUCAAAUACAUCCGCCAACGUGAUAUUGGCUAGACUUGACGAUUACAGCUAUGAUCACCAUUCGCAAUUGCUCUCAGAAGAAGACACCCGUGGGAUAUUCGAAUGGCUAAGAUCGACGGGGUAUCCUCACAACGAAAAAUUGAUUUACCAACAUUCUUGGUUGGACUUGGAGGACCCGGAUGAAGAAGAGGAGUCUGAAGAUGAUGAAUCAGAUAUGGAAACACAAUGGAGUGGGAAGAGAAGGCACGUUGAAAGCUGGCUCGAGAGUAUCGGAUAG